UGUUAUGAGAACAUGCGUGAUUGAUGUUGGCAGAAAGAAGUACCGGUUAAAAAUGAAUUGUAGUAUUUGUAAAAACACAGCGUUUGCUAAAAUUUUUAUUGUGAUAUUUUUCGUGAGUGAAAUACUCUCAUCGGAAGUUCCUAGACCAAGGGGAGUAUCUCUUUCUCGUGCCUCUUUAUAUCCUCCAGACAAAGACUUCACUUGCUUUGAUGAAAGUAAAACUAUACCGUUUACCAGAAUAAAUGAUGAUUAUUGUGACUGUUUAGAUGGUAGCGAUGAACCGGGGACAUCUGCUUGUCCAAACGGUUUAUUUCACUGUACAAAUGCUGGACAUAGGCCAUUAAAUAUACCUUCAAAUAGGGUAAAUGAUGGAAUUUGUGAUUGCUGUGAUGGUACUGAUGAAUAUUCGACCAAAAGUUCGUGCCAGAAUAAUUGUAUCGAAUUAGGAAGAAGUGCAAGAGAAGCAGCUCAAAGAAAAGCUGAAUUAAUCAAAGCAGGAAAACAGAUAAGAGCAGAAAUGGUACAAAAGGGUAUCCAAUUAAAACAAGAAAAACAAAUUAAACUAACAGAACUUGGAAAGAACAUGGAAGAAGCUGAAAAAUUGAAAAUAGAAAAAGAAGCUUUAAAAAAGGAAAUUGAAAGUUUGGAAGAUAAAGCUUUGGAAUAUUAUAGGAAACUUGAAGAUGAAGCUAAACUUAAGAAAGAAGAAGAGGAAGCUGCAGCACAGAGAGCUGAAGCCAUAGAAACUUUUAAUAAGUUUGAUUCAAAUCAGGACGGCUGGUUGGAAAUUUCUGAAGUGAAAGUAAGGACUUCCUUUGAUAGAGAUGGAAAUGGAGAAGUAUCUGAUGAGGAAGCCAAAUUUUACCUAAACUUUCAAGAAUCUGUAGAUUUGGAUACAUUUGUCAAAACUUGUUGGAAAACUCUCAGGCCGGUUGUUUUUAGAGAAGGUACUGAAAAAAUUCCGGAGAAAAAGGAUGAACAAGAAAAUUCAGAAGUAGACGACAUGCAAGAUGAGGAUCAAGAAAUUGAAGAAGAUGGUGAAGGUCAUGAGUAUGAUGAUGAAGAACAAGAAUCCCAAGAACCAGAACAGACUGAGGCACCACCAACAAUCAUAUAUGAUGAAGAAACUCAACAACUUGUAGAAAAAGCAACAGCUGCCAGAAAUGAGUAUCAAGAAGCCAGCAAAAUAGUAAAUGAAAUAGAAAGGGAAAUUAAAGAUAUCGAAGAAUAUCUUGGAAAAGAUUUUGGAACAGAAGAGGAGUUUGCUUCUUUAGAAGGGCAAUGUUUUGAUUAUGAAGAUCACGAGUAUAUUUAUAAAUUAUGUCCAUUCGAUAAAACUAUCCAGCAACCCAAGUCUGGAGCUUCUGAUGUUAGAUUAGGUGUUUGGGGAUAUUGGUCAGGUUCUAAACUUAACAAAUAUGAGAAAAUGACUUUUGAGGGUGGUCAGAGUUGUUGGAAUGGACCUCAGAGGACCACAGUUGUUACCGUUAACUGUGGAAGUGAAAACAAAGUUCUUAGUGUAUCUGAGCCUAACAGGUGUGAAUACUUUUUUGAGUUUGUCACACCUGCAGCUUGUUACGAGGCUCCUGUUGUAGAAAAUGAAGAUUUACAUGAUGAGUUGUGAGGAAAAUUUGGUAUAAUGGGUUGAUAUCUAUUUUCAUUAUUCUUGAUAUUGUCUGUAAUAUUUUCCUUCACAAUUUAUUUUAUAUGUUCAGUAUUGUAUACAAAAGUGAAAUAUUUUAAUUUAGUUUGUGCGACCUAUGUUAUAAUUUUAAUUUAAUUUCAAAUUUUUAUUCAACUCUAAUUUUGUACAAUGUGUCCAAUUAUAGUUUGUUAUUAUUGUCCCAAUGAAAAUUUCUAGUUUAGUUCUUAUUUGGUGAGGAUAUUGACCUGAUUCAAGACUUUUUUCCAAUAUUUACAAGACUUUAUAUCAAUAUAAGUUUAGAGACUAAUAGUCAAAUUUUUGUUAAAAGGUGUAAAAUUAUCAUUAAAUAAAAUGUAUGUUUAUAAAUAAA